GUUUGAAACUUAAUAGAGUUUGAAACUUAAUAGAGUUUGAAACUUUAUAGGGUUUUUUCACACCUAUUCCUGAAAGAAUAGGCAUGGUCGGAGGGCAACAAGAAGAAGAAGAAGGUGCAGCAAUCAAAGCUCUGGGCUCUCUCUUCAAGCUUACUCAAAUCCAUCUAUGGGAAGAUGGGUCGACAGAUACUCGUUUGGUUCCUCUCUUCCAUGAACACAAAAAUAGGUCUGAAGAUAUGGGAUUGGUACAAGAGAUGAAAUCUCUGGGCCUUCCUGUUGCUUUUCAGACAAAUAAGGAGUGGAAGAACAGAACAAGGUCUAUCCACCAAAAGAAUAGAACCAAGGAUCGAUCAGACCAGGUUAAUGUUGAUAUUGCAUCCCCUCUGAGUUUGGUGUUGUCUGAUCAUGCUGUUGGUGGUGAAGAGGAGGUUGGUGGACCCUACGAUUGUGUUCAAAGAACUAUAGUAGAAGAAAACGAUGAGGUUGUUUGCUUAGGAGAUGGAGAUAGAGAUUCUUUGUUGAUAUCAUCAGAGGCAACAUAUUCUCAGAGCUCUAGUGAAUGGAAUGUUUACUGGGAUUCUUUCUAUGAACGAAAUUAUUUUUAUAACGUUAUGACGCAAGAAUCUACAUGGCAGCCACCUCUUGGGAUGGAGCAUCUAGCUUGUAGCUAUGAUACCCAUAACUUGAACGACUUGGCUGUUGAGGCAACAGAGAAGCAGCCUGAUGACUUGCUUGGAACUGUACCUGUGAAUGAUGUUCCCCCUCAACACUCUGAUGAUCUUGGUGGGGUUUGUCAAAGUCAAUGUGAAACAAAAACCCUAGAGGAAGUUAGCAGUUUGAUUGAUACGUACCAAGAAACUCCCGUUGGGAAUCAAUCUCUGGAAGAAGAGGGAAAAGGUUCAGCUGUUGUAAAAUCAAUUAAGAAGGCUAAAAAGAAGACAAGAAGAAGUCGAGCCAAGAAGAUAUUUCCUUGUUCGCCGAACACAGGCGAAUAUUCUGAUGUCCUUGGUAAGUAUUGGUGCCAACGAUAUCUCCUCUUCUCCAGAUUUGAUGAAGGCAUCAAAAUGGAUGAGGAAGGAUGGUUUUCUGUCACUCCUGAAGCUAUAGCUAAGCAUCAUUCCACACGCUGUAACGGAGGCAUAGUCAUUGACUGCUUUACAGGAGUUGGUGGAAAUGCUAUUCAGUUCGCUUCAAGGAGUCAUUAUGUGAUUGCAAUUGAUCUGGAUCCAAAGAAACUUGAUUUAGCAAAGCAUAAUGCUGCCAUAUAUGGUGUUGCUGAUAAAAUCGACUUUGUGAAGGGAGACUUCUUUGACUUGGCUCAUAACUUGAAGGCACUGUGUUCUUAUCGCCUCCAUGGGGAGGCCCUGAUUAUCUUAGAACGAGUACGUAUGACAUGAAGACAAUGUUGAGACCUCGUGAUGCAGAGGCUCUAUUUACGGCGGCCAUGAACAUCGCAUCGACAGUCAUUAUGUUUCUUCCUAGAAAUGUUGAUAUUAACCAAUUGGCAGAACUAGCCUUAUCAACGUCUCCUCCAUGGUCACUUGAGGUAGAAAAGAACUACUUAAAUGGGAAGCUGAAGGCAAUAACAGCAUACUUCUUCAGACAAGAUGGUUGUUAGAACUAAGAAUAAAGCAUAGAUUCGUCUCACCCACUCAAUGCACGAACGCGACAUGUAUCCGCAUUUGUGUCAGCUUGUGGAAAUCAACUGAAUGAAUUGAUUUGAGAUCAUAGGUUUCAUGUGUUGUAUAUAUAAAAUGUGUUUUGUAAACUUUGUGUUAUUGAUUACUCAGCUUCUUGUCACACAUUUCUUCAAACUGUAAACUUGUGAAUGAAACUUGUGCAAGAAAAAUCUAUUAUUA